AAAAUUGAUAAUAUUAAAAAUGAAUCAAUAUAGGCUGAUAUUCAAUGAGGAAAAGCUUGAAGAAUCCUAUAAAUAGCUUGAAUUGAAGAAUACAACAGAUGAAUAUAUGGUAAUACUCUCAUAUUAUAUGAAGGAAUAUAAAUGUAAAAGAAUGAACAACAAUUACAACUACAUAGUUAGAAGAUUCACUUAACAUGAUAUAAACAACGAGAAAUUCCUAAAUGUAAGAAGAAUUAAACUAUACAACAUAUUACCAGUUCUGGAUUUGUUUUAAUAAGAUAAUGCUUUGGCAAGUCUAGAUUAUGAAUCAUACUCUUUAUAGAGUAAUAUAGACCAUAUGGAUUAGGUAGAGAAAAUAUAUGUGGCCUCAUUAGUAGGGAUAAGUAAUAAGUUAUUGAUUAUUAAAAGCUUUGUAAGAACUUUGUAAAAGAAAAUUACCAUUCUUAAUAAAUGCUUAAAGAGUUAUCAUAAUAGGAAGUCAUGUGUGUUUUCAAUAGAUUGACUUCUAAUCUAAUAAAACGGUCACUGCAGAAGAGUCCUUUAAGAGUUAUUUAGAUUUAAGUAAUCCAAUUAUAAUAAGUAUAUUAUAGUUGAUUAAAUGGGACUAACAUCAGAGGGAGAUGAUUUUAACACAGUGAUAGACAGCUUUUUGGAAUAAUAGGAUGUGAAUAUAGGUCUAACUGAAGAACUUCCUUAUGUUGAACUUUUAUAUAAGAUGUUUUAAUUCUAGAAUGAAAAAAGUAUUGUUAGUUAUUAAGCUAAUUCAUUUGUUUAUGUAUUUGACACUCCUGAAUUCUUAAAAACAGUUCCUGGAAUUAGUAGCAGAACUGUAAUGAAAUCAGCAAAAUUAGAUAUAGGAGAAAAUUUAGAUUAUUUAAUUUUAUGUUCUUAAAGAGAAUUAGAAUUUAUGGAGAAUUUUAAAAAAUAUGAACCUUUUGCUUGUUGUUUUGCUUAUUUUAGAAUUUAGAAUUAAUUGUAUUUAUUUAUGGAACUCUAUCCAACAGAUUUAGAGAAUGUGUUUAAGAAGCAUGAAGAAAUAUAUGAUAGAAAUUUGAAAGAUUUAUGUUGUUAAUUAGCAUUUGGUAUAUAUGAAUAAUAAAAAUAGCUAUUCGUUAAUUACAUAGACAUUAAAUAUUACAUAGAGAUUUGAAGCCUGCAAAUCUUUUUUUAAGUCAUGAAGAUUUAGAUAGAGCAUAAUUAAAAAUAGCAGACUUUGAUCAUUCAACAGUAAUUGAUGAAAAAAUAGACGGUUGUAUUCAAGAAAGGACUGGUUUAACAUCUUCUACAGGUUAUGAACCACCUGAGACUGGUCUUAUAAAUUAUACAUACACUUCUGAUAUUUGGUAAAUUGGAAUGAUUUGUAAGAUUAAUAUAUAUAGUUUUAGUUUAUUAAAUUGCUAAUUAAGGUGAAUAUCCAAUUGAACAUCCUUCACUUUAUUGGACUGAAUAAAGAUAUUCAGAAGAAUGUGCUUAUGAGAAAAUCAAAGAAACUUUAGCUAAUAAAAAUGUUGAUGAUAACUUUAUUAGAUUAAUUGCUGAUUGUCUCUCUUAUGAUCCAAAACUUAGACCUACUUCUGAUACACUUAUCACUCGUUUAGAAUAAUGUUUUGAAGAUUUUGAAUUUGAUAAUGAGGAGACUUUGUAGAGUACUCACUAAUUCAGUUUGAUAGAAUCAUUUGGUCAAUUAUUAUCCAAAUCCUAACCAAUAAGAUUAAUAAAAAGUGGAUAUUUAUGAUUUAUAUAUCAUAUUCUAAUUAUAAAAAUAAUUAUUAU